CUCUGCUCUUUGGUCGCUCUCUAUCGGGACAAGUUAUCUGUCAAACUGAGAUAUUCGGCACAACAACAAUGCCUCCUCCAGGUGUAUGCCUCAACAUCAUGGAGGCUCGUCACAAGCAAGUUGGUCAUGGGAGUUUUGACAAGAGUUUCUUUAGCCAAGACUUCCAAAAGCUUAAACAGUACUGUUUAGUCCAAAGAGUAAGAUACAUCGAUGAGAAGUUCCCCCCUGAUAGGAGCGCCAUUGGCAUGGAUUUACUUGGUGCUUCCGACUUGGACCGAGUGGUGUGGCUGAGACCAGCGAAAAUUUCUCUUCAUCCAUCCUUCAUACAAAGUGGGGUAUCCAGAUUUGAUUUUGGCCAAGGAGUGCUUGGAAACUGUUGGUUUCUGGCAUCGAUCGGGGCUCUGACAUUCCAGAAUGACAUCCUCAAAAAAGUCGUUCCCCUUGACCAAACCUUCGAUGAGGACUACUGUGGGUUGUUCCACUUCAGGUUCUGGAGAUUUGGAAAAUGGGUGGAUGUUGUCAUCGACGACAAGCUACCAACCAUCGAUGGCAGACUCAUCUUCGUUCAUUCCAAAAACCAAAAUGAGUUCUGGCCUGCUUUGUUGGAAAAAGCCUAUGCCAAGGUAUGUGGUUCUUAUGCAGACAUGAGAGCUGGAACUCCUUCCGAAGCUAUGAUGGACUUCACGGGUGGGGUUCAUAUGAGUAUCCAGUUGUCACAACCUCCGUCUAACCUGUGGGAGCUGAUGUGCAGAGCUGGAAAUGCCCAAACUCUUAUGGGCUGUGGUUCACAGCAAGGGAAUUCGCCAGACAAUUCUGUUUCCAAAAAUGGAUUGGUCCAAGGCCAUGCCUACACUGUAACAGGUGUCAAGCAGAUGAUGAGUUCUGGUAAAAUUGUAAAGUUGGUGCGACUGUGGAACCCUUGGGGCAAGGUAGAAUGGAAUGGGGAUUGGAGUGAUCGGUGUCCUUUGUGGCAAACACUGAGUGAUACAGAUUGUCAAAUGACACUUUCAACACGUGACGAUGGAGAGUUUUGGAUGACAAUUGAAGAUUUUUGUAAAUUCUUUGCGGAUCUGGAUAUCUGCUCACCCUAUCCUAACUUUCUGGAUGGGAGCUCUGUUCACCAGUGGAAGACCUCAACCUAUGAAGGCAGAUGGGUUGCGGGAACCACUGCUGGAGGUUGCAUGAAUAAUAGAGAGAGUUUCUGGACUAACCCCCAAUACCGGAUCAAGAUCACAAAUGAGGAUUCGCCAAAAACGGGAGAAAAUAAAAUCGUGGUCUCUCUCAUACAAACGGCUGACAAAAGACACAGGCGCUUGGUACAGAAUCUUCACAUAGGGUUCAACGUAUUUGAGGUACCGAGAACAGCUUUUAUUGUUUCUAUGACACCCCGCAGACUUGCAAAAAAUAACAGUAGUUUAAUUCAUGGUUUAGCAAGGAAGCCUCGGGUUUGUUGUUGUCAACGUGAACGGAUUUCUGCCCUUCCCUACAAGCUGACUGAACAAUACAAGACACACAGGGGAAAGUUCCCCGCUGCAUUCUUCAGUAGUCAAGCACCUGUUGCCCAAACUAAAAUGCACUUGAAUGGACGCGAGGUCAUGGAGUUCAUCUUGCUGAAACCUGGCGAAUACAUCAUCGUACCUUCUACCUUCGAUGCCAACGAGACUGCCUCCUUCAUCCUGACCAUCCACUCCAAAGUGGAGAUCCUUGGCUAUGAAAAUUCACAGGAGCACAGGCAUGGGCCACAUGAAAAGGUCAAAAAGGUCCAAAAUGUACAGGACGAUGAACAGAAGAAACUAUUCUUUCGACGGUACUCUGAUAAGCAUGAAGAAGUGGAUGCUGAGCAGCUCCAGAUCCUUCUAAACGAGAACAUCUUCAAAGGGGAUUUGAAAUCUGGAGGUUUCAGCAUUGAUGCUUGUCGCAGUAUGGUUGCACUGAUGGAUACAUCGAUCACUGGAAGGCUGAACAGUCAGGAAUUUGUUCGCCUGUGGAAGAAAGUGGUCACAUACAAGGACAUUUUCUACCACACUGAUGUUUCACAAACCGGAAAACUGUCGCUAAGUGAACUGAGGAAUGCAAUCAAGGCUUCAGGGAUGAAAGUGGGCGAUGACAUGCUAAAUUUGAUGGCCCUGCGUUAUGGUGCUUCGUCUGGACAUAUGACUCUGGAGAGCUUCAUCAGUCUGAUCCUUCGCUUGGAAUGCAUGAACAAAAUCUUCCAAAAAUUGUCUGAUGGAAGCACAGUGUGUCUUCAAAAGUCAGAGUGGUUGUACAUUUCCAUGUACACUUAAAGCAAGACAAAAAACCCCUCCAGAUAUCAAUUCUAAUUUGAUUUAAAUAAA